AUGGACACACGCGACAACCUAGAACAUAUAGCCACAUGUGAUUUCGAAAGUAAGGAAACAUGGGAGCAAGAUUGGAAUACGGCGGACGAUCCGAUGUUCCACUUGAAAGAGGUGAAUGCCAUGUUAAUGAAACACUACAAAGCAUUCACCGGCGGGAGAAAAGGCCUGCGAAUCCUUGUCCCUCUAUGCGGAAAAUCAUUGGAUAUGAUCUGGUUGGCCGACCAGGGACACUCUGUGGUAGGAGUUGAAUUAAUUCGAAAAGGAAUCGAAGCAUUUUUGCAAGACAACAAGUUGACACAUCGCGAAGAAUGCGUUACACUCUCGCCAGAAAUCCAGGGCACGAUUUUCAAAGUGGAUGAGAAAGAUAUCUCGCUUUACGAAUGCAGUAUAUUUGAUUUUUCGGCUGUAGUCGCCGGCGGCCAAUUUGACCUCAUCUGGGAUCGUGGUUCGAUGACCGCUAUCAACGUGAUGAAAGAUGAACGAAUGAAGCAAUACUGCGAUCUAAUGCUCUCCUGCCUCAAACCCGAUGGGAGAUAUUUCCUCGAGUUCUUUGCUCCUGAAUCUACAGAAGGUAUGCCCUCAACCUUCAAGUUUAUUUCCGAGAAGGCUCUAAAUGAGCGAUUUGGCGACAGGUGCACGAUUCAAUAUCUUGGUACGGAGAAAAUGUCGGAAGAAGAAUCUACUGAGUCGGAGCAGCCAGGUUGCGAGGAACAUGAAGAAAAUCCGUUUCUGAUGCAUUAUUAUUUCAUGGACUUCAAAUAA